CUUACGUCUCCCUCUGGGCUCCAGGACAGACAGCUGUUUCUCCCCUCAGAAGCCAGACAGUUGCCUCCAGCUUCUCCUGGUCAACGCCAUGGCCAAGACCCGUAGUGACCAUCUGCUGUACUCCCUGGAAGAGCUGGUGCCCUAUGACUUCGAGAAGUUCAAGUUCAAGCUGCAGAACACCAGCCUGGAGAAGGAGCACUCCCGGAUUCCCCGGGGCCAACUCCAGACAGCCAAGCCAGUGAAGCUGGCCACUCUGCUGGUCACCCACUACGGGGAGGAGGACGCCGUGCGGCUGACCCUGCAGGUCCUGAGGGCCAUCAACCAGCACCUUCUGGCAGAGGAGCUCAACAGGGCAAUCGGCCCAGGGUGUCAGGUAAAAGAAAGUGACACAGACCGUUCAGCAAUGUCUGGUUCCUCUGGGGAGAUUAAGCCCAAGAGUCUGAAGAUACCAGAUGGCCUGGAAGGUGACAAGCAGCAACAAAGUGGUGAUGGGGCUGGCUGCCCACCACCCAUCCAGCCUGAGGCUGGAAGGGGGCCCCAGAAGAAGCCUCUGGGCCAACGGAGAGAUCAGAAAGGCUCUGAGGGCCUAGAUGUGCAGGGCAAGCCAGGGGCCAGGAACACAACUCUGUCUUCCAAGAGAAGCCCCUUUCCCAGCAAGCCACAGGGGGAGAAGGGGAGCAAUGUGGGGGUCAGGCUGCGCAGGAACGCCAGCUCUGCAGGAAGGCUCCAAGGACUCUCCAGUGGGUCGUUUGCUGGGUCCCUGGGAAGGAAAGAAUUUAAGAUAUCUGAAGCAUAUUUACCUUCAGGAAAGAAGCGACCCAAAAGUCUUGAAUUUACCAUUUCUCCAGGAGAGACAGAACCUCUCAACCCAGAAACUCUUCUGCUUCAAGAGAAAAUGAGAAGUGAGAAUCCAGGCUCAGCAGCCACUCUGAACACAGGGGCUACUGUGGCUGCAGAGAAAGGCUCCAGGAAUCCAGAACACGCCAUGACUCUGGAGGGGGGAGCACUCAGGAAUACACUUUCCAGUGUAUCAUUGGCUGGAAAGAAGAUCUGGGAGCAUCCAGAGUCCACAGUACCUGCAGAGAAGAGUGGAACUGAGGCUCCAAAGACCUCUAAGACCUUGAAGGAGGUGGUAGGUGGUGUGCUCCAUGAUCCUUCAAAUCCAGAAGUCCCUCCAUCUUCAGGGAGGCCUCAGGACAAGGCUGUGUGUCCCCUUUGCCAUGCCCAGGAAGGAGACCCGGUUGGUGGCAGCUGCGUGCAUGUUUCCUGCAGCUGCUCCGUUGCUUCUAGGGAUCCUGAGGCCUCACACGGCCACUCAUCCAGCUGCCCUCGGUGCCAGGACUUGCUCCCGGGGGAGAGCCAUGGAAGCCUCGAGUGGCAGGAGGGCCUGCAGAUGGCCAGCCUGAGCCCCAAGUCCCUGCCACAGUGUGAGCGUCACAUGAAGCAGGUCCAGCUGCUCUUCUGCGAGGACCACGGGGAACCCAUCUGCCUCAUCUGCGGGCUGAGUCAGGAGCACCGAGGCCACCGGGUUCGCCCCAUCGAGGAGGCCGCCCUGGAAUACAAGGAACAAAUUCAGAAGCAGCUGGGGCAUCUGAAGGAGUUGAGAAAAUCUGGAGAGGAGCAGAGAUCUCAGGGGGAUAAGAAGACAGCAAACUCCCUGAAACAAGCUGAAACCCAGAAGCAGAGAAUCCAGUACCAGUUGGAGCAGUUAUGCCAGUUUUUAGAGCAGCAAGAGCAGCUCUUUGUGGCCUGUCUGGAGGAGCUGGGCCAGACCAUUGGCCAAGUCAGGGAGACAUAUGGCACCCGGGUGACAAGGGACAUCGCCCUUCUCGACAAGCUGAUUGGGGAGCUGGAGGCCAAGCAGUGCCAGCCGGAAUGGGAGCUUAUGAAGGACAUCGGAGUCACCCUGCACAGGGCCAAGAAGGUGACUGUCCCUGAGCUGUGGGCCACCCCUCCAGAGGUGAAAGAAAAGAUCCACCUGCUCUACCAGAAAUCACAGUUUGUGGAGAAGCGCAUGAGGCACUUCUUGGAAACCCUGCGUUCAGAAAUGGAAAUGUUCAACGUUCCAGAACUGACUGGUGGUCAGGCACCCUGAGUUAAUGUGAUUCUGGAAGCAGAAGCUGCCCACCCCAACCUCAUCUUUAUCUUCUCUGAUGACUUGAAGAGUGUGAGACUUGGAAAAAAGUGGGACCGUCUACCUGCUAGUCCAGAAAGAUUCUAUAGCUGAAUCAUUGCCCUGGGCUCUCUGAGUUUGCUCUCUAGCUGCCAUUACUGAGAAGUGAAGGUGGGAGACAAGACAGGGUGGGUCCUGGGUGUCUGCAAGGCAGCCACGAGCAGCAAGGAGAAUAUGGCUCUCUCACCAGAGAAUGGUUAUUGGGUAGAAAUGAUGAUGAAGUAAAAUGAGUGCCAGGCGUCCAGCUUUCCCUCCACCCAGAUGAGGGAGCCCCCCAGGCAUGUGGGCAUCUUCCUGAACUACAAGACUGGGGACAUUUCCUUUUACACUGUGACAGCCAAAUCCCACAUCUCAACAUCCACUGGCUUCUUUUCCUCUGGGCCCCUUCAACCUAUCUUCAGCCCCAGGACACAUGAUGGAGAGAACAUGGAUCCUCUGAAUAUCCAUCCAGUGGGUGGCCAGGGGCCUCACUGAAUAUCCAACACUUUGCAUCUUUCUUCAGGCUCCUGCCCUGUAUCUUGAAUCCAUACAUUCAACAGUCAUUAUUGAACACCUACUGGGUUCCAGCUGCUGUGGGGAAUAUAAUCAAUAAGAGAAUAGGCCCUGUGCUCAAGGAGCUUAUGGAACAGAAGCAGAAGUAAGCUGGGUAAACAAAUAUUGGUAAACCAAGGGUAAAGAGAAUACAUGUAUUGAUGACAUGCCAUGGAUUUCAGAGAAGGAAGCACACAGCUGUUGCUUAAUAAAUCCUUGUAUGAAUUAGCACCCUAAGAUGCUCCUGAGACAGAGAGCCCACCCUCGUUUUCCCUCAGGACUCCAUGGCAAGGAUGUGUUCCCUCAUUCUAUCCUCCUUUUUUUUUUUUUUAUAAAUAAAAUUAUUUAUGAAUAAUAACAUCAUAGAGCUUACAAAAAUGAUCAUUAACCAUAACUUUUUAAUUUUACAAAUGAGAGUUUUGAGACCUGGAAUUAAUGCAUUUUGUUCUUUUACUUAUUUUUCUACCAGUGUUUGGGGACUGAUUUUGGGCUAAAAGCAGCACCAGCUGCUGAGGUUACAGAGAGAGCAAGAUAAAAUUUCUGCCUUUUAGUGAAAACCUUAACUGUAGUAAGGAUCUGAACAGUAAAUGUAUAAGCCCAGAGCAACAUAGGUACUAAAAUAUAAAUAUAUAUUGGAACAAUAUGUGAGCAUAUUACAAGUAGUAACUGAAUAGAGGAUUCUGAGAGAAUUUCACAGAGUAUUUUAAGUGAGUCUUAAUGACUAAGAAUUAUUUUGAAAAGGAGUGGUGAAAAGGCUUUUUAAGUGAAGAAUGGCAUAUGAAGUGUCACAAUAUGAAGCAGCAUGAGAUUUACAGUUUAAAGUGCUUGAUGGGUUUUUGAUGGUAUGUCAGUGUGGUAUGAGAAUGGAAACUCAAGACUCAUAUUGUCAAGAGCCUUAUGCACUAUGCAUAGGAAUUUGGACUUCAUUGUGCUGUCAGGGAGAGCUAGUAAAGUGUUUCAGGGUGGCCAAAUAGAGGUUAAGUGGCUUGUUAUCAUUCACAGGAAGUAGAGUUAAAGUCAUGAUUGAAAUCCAAUGUUCUUGUUCUUAUUAACAAGUAGACUAUAAUAAGAGUAUAAUAUAUAAUAAUAAUAUUUAUUAUACAUUU